UUUGGCCUCAUCUGCUAUUUGUCUGCCUUGUGCUUUCUUGUAAAUUGCUUUGGUGCCUGCCAAAUGAUUAAAUGUACAGUACAAAUGGGCGUUGAAGUGAAACAGUGUAAUGUUAUCCCAAUAUUGCUCACUGGUAGGCUAUUCAUUUGUAGCAGCUGAAUGUCCUAAGUCAAGACAUCUCUGGCUGACCUCCACCUGUAAAUGAUGGGCUGGGUCAUAGAAGCUGUCAAUCAUUGCCCAGUAUACUUAGACAGGAUAACCUUGCUAGCGGGAUGCAUGGUAGCAGAGCAGCUCAUAGCUCUUAGCCAGUGAUACCUGCAGGGUGUGAGAAGUUAGCCAGUGCUGAAAGUCUACAGAGAUACCUGUAGCAGCCUAAAGCUGCCUUCAUACAUACUCAAACAACAGCAAUAGGUGUUAGUCACAAGUGUACAGCUGACCAGCUGUUUUCAUCACGGACUGAGGACUGAAGGCUACCAACAUGAAACUGAAGCUUCCCAACCCUGGUCUGGAGGACAGGAUACUGUCCCAUGCAGACCUGGAGAAGCUGGAGAAGGAGGAGGCGGGAGACAGGCCCAAAUGGGACAACAAAACCCAGUAUCUGCUCACCUGCGUGGGGUUCUGUGUCGGGCUGGGAAACGUCUGGCGCUUCCCCUACCUGUGCCAAAGCCACGGAGGAGGUGCUUUCAUGAUUCCAUUCCUGAUCCUACUGGUUCUGGAGGGGGUCCCUCUUCUGUUCCUGGAGUUUGCCAUUGGCCAGAGGCUCAGGAGUGGCAGUUUGGGGGUGUGGAGGUCCAUCCAUCCUUGCCUGGCUGGUGUUGGGAUUGCGUCCAUGAUGGUUUCCUUCAUGGUGGGCAUGUACUACAACACCAUCAUUGCCUGGGUGAUGUGGUACUUCUUCAACUCUUUUCAAGAACCCUUACCUUGGAGUCAGUGUCCUCUCAAUGCAAAUAUGACAGGUGUGGUGUCAGAGUGCGCUCGCAGCUCUUCAGUCGAUUACUUCUGGUACAGGGAGACUCUGAACACAUCAGCAGAUAUUGAGGACUCUGGUGGACUGCAGUGGUGGAUAGUCCUGUCCCUCAUAUGUGCCUGGGGUGUUCUCUAUGUCUGUUGCAUAAGGGGCAUUGAGACCACAGGAAAGGCUGUGUAUGUCACCUCCACUCUGCCCUACGUGGUCCUCACUAUCUUCCUGAUUAGAGGUUUGACCCUCAAGGGUUCUACCAGUGGAAUCAUUUACCUCUUUACUCCUAAGCUAGAAGAGUUGAUGGACCCUCAAACCUGGUUGGACGCUGGUGCCCAAGUCUUCUACUCCUUCUCACUGGCCUUUGGCGGUCUCAUCUCCUUCUCCAGCUACAACCCUGUCCACAACAACUGUGAACUGGAUGCUGUCAUUAUUUCUUUGGUCAACGGCUUUACUUCUGUGUACGCUGCCAUCGUCGUCUACUCCAUCAUAGGCUUCAGGGCCACAGAGAGCUUUGAUGCAUGUCUCAACGGUAACAUCUUGGCUUUGCUAAAUGCCUUUGAACUUCCGGAGGGAAGCAUUAAUGAGAGCAACUACGAGGAGACUCUUAACCGUCUCAAUGGUACCUCAUCAAGUGUCAUUCAGGGGUUGGACCUGGAAACCUGUGAUAUACAGACAUUUCUCAGUCAGGGUGUGGAGGGAACUGGCCUGGCCUUCAUAGUCUUCACAGAGGCCAUCACCAAGAUGCCUGUCUCUCCUCUCUGGUCCAUUCUCUUCUUCAUCAUGCUCUUCUGCUUGGGACUAUCCACCAUGUUUGGUUCCAUCGAAGGGGUUGUGGUGCCCCUGCAGGAUCUCGAAAUCUUCCCAAAGCGGUGGCCCAAGGAAGCUCUCACUGGUGUGGUUUGCCUUGUCUCCUUUGGAAUUGCGCUCAUCUUUGCCCAGGGCUCUGGUAAUUACUGGCUAGCUCUGUUUGAUGGAUUUGCGGGCUCCGUCCCCCUCCUGAUCAUUGCAUUCUGUGAGAUGAUGGCCAUCAGUUACGUCUAUGGGAUCGACAGGUUCAACGAAGACGUCGAGUUCAUGAUCGGCCACAAGCCCAACUUCUUCUGGCAGGCCAUGUGGAGAGUGAUCAGUCCUCUGGUGGUGUUCGUCAUCUUUGUGUUUUACCUCGUCACAACUGCCAGCAAGGAACUCACGUACAUCAUCUGGGAUCCUGAAUCGGAGGGCUUUCCAAAUCUGGAAAAACACUUCUAUCCUCAGUGGAUGUACGUCAUCAUAUUUAUCCUGUCCGGCGUUCCAGCCUUGGCAAUCCCGUGCGUGGCCGUGUACAAGGUCAUCCGGAUAUACUGCUGCAAGACGGAAGACAACGCCUAUGACAAGAAGAGUAUCAGCACAGUCUCCGGGCAUGUACAGAUGUCGGAGAUAAGGACCUGAAAGCUAUAAAUGCCACCCGAGGGACACUUGGUGUUCUUGUCACAAGGAACUACCCAGAGCAGAGACUAUCAAUAAUUAAUUUCUUACCACGCAUGAGGAGGUGCAUGUGGUCCUGUCACAAGAGUGACUUGGCACCAUAAAAAGAUGACUCAGAUUUUUGUGAAUGAUGGCUAUUGCGUAGAGACAUUGACCGAGGAAUGCUGUAUUAAAGGUACAAUAUGUUGUUUUUUUGUUGUCAAGAACAAAGAUGGUGUUCACCCUGUAAUAAAUCUGAAUGAAAAGUGAGAAGGUCAUAUUCAGGUAUGCACAAAAUGCACAGAACAAUUGGUGAAUGCUAUAUUUACACAGUUACUUUAAGUCUGGAAACAAUUUGACAAUAAAAACUACAUAUUGCACCUUUAGGUGUCCUCACUGAGACGGAAAGAAUGAAAUCAUGUCAAUGUGUACAGUGGUAGUGCUAUGAGUAAUAUAGUUCAAUUCAAUUUUAUUUAUACAGCGCCAAAACAAUAAAAUUGCCUCAAGGCGCUUGGUCUAGUUGAUCAGUCUGAAGCAUGAGUGGUGUGUGUGGUACUUAAAUUGCAACAGGGAUUUAAUUUACUGUAUUUAUUUGCUACAAGGCCAAUUUAUAUAUUUUAUAGUUUCGUGAAACUGUGUUGUUGAUAUACUGGAAAAUUACAGGUUUUGAAAUAAAUAUUCUUUUAUUAA